AUGUUAUUAUCCCGACUUGAUCCUGAUACUGCUAGAGCUUUUGAGAAUGAAUACGGUUCAACAGAAAUUCCGGAAUAUAAAACUUUGUUUGAAUUUCUUGAAAGGUACUGCAAUGGUUUGAACAAUAUUUCUGGAAGCAAUACUCAAAAACCCAUUUCUAGAUCCACUAAACCAUUAGCAAAUAAAUCUUCAAAUAAUUUUCUUGCACGCCGAGAUUCUAAAGCCGCACAGUGUUCAUUAUGUAAUGAAAAUCAUAAUCUCUACAAUUGUGAACAAUAUUUGAAUAAAACGCCCUGCGACCGGUUUUCAUACGCCAAGAGUAAAUUUCUUUGUUUUGCUUGUUUGAGUGAAAUGCAUAUGUUGAAUAAAUGUAAAUCAAAGUCAUCAUGCCGAAAAUGUGGAAGCAGAAAACAUCAUACAACUUUGCAUUUUGAAAAUGAACAUUUUGAAAAAUCUGUUCCUAUAAAUUCGAAUCGAUACCGGAAUGAAACGGCGACGCCCGGUGCUGACAUUGCCGCAUCUUCUUCGAUUGCGUUCGAUAAUAAUAAUUCGUUCGCUGCGCAACAACGAUCCGGUACUGUUAUGCUGGGUACUGCAUUGAUUGAAGUGCGAGCUCGUGAUGGUACGCACAAGAAAUUUCGUGCGUUACUGGAUUCUGGUUCAGAAAUUUCGAUUAUAUCGCAAAAAAGUUUUAACGUUUUGAAUCUUCCGAAAAUUAAUUCAGACGUAGUCAUUAACGGCAUCGGCAAUACUCAAGUUGCGAACAAUGGGAUUGCUCAACUUUUUUUGAAUCCCAUUGGGAAUUCUGAUAUUUGUUUAACUGUUGACGCCCUUAUUUUGCCCAAAAUAUGUGACAAAAUACCCGCUUAUCCUUUAGAUUCCAAAUCUUGGAAAUAUUUACUCGGUUUACCUCUCGCUGAUCCGCAUUAUUAUAUUCCUAAUGAAAUCGAUGUUUUGUUAGGAUCAGAUAUAUUCGCAAAUAUUUUAUCAAAUGACCUCAUUUAUGGAAAAGAUGGAGGUCCAAACGCGCUUCGCACCAUUUUUGGGUAUGUUUUACUUGGAAAAAUUGAGAAAAGCCCAGUAGAAAUAAAAUGCAAUUCUUUUAUUAGUACACUUUCAGAAAAUAAUUUGGACGAUACAAUGAGAAUGUUUUUCGAAAUUGAAACUGUACCUGGAAUCAAUUUAGAUAUGCAUAACACUUGCGAGGAUAUUUUCAAAAAUAACGUUUCUCGCUCACCUUCUAGAAGAUAUACUGUUCCUCUUCCAUUUAAAGAACUGAAUCCAGCUUUUCCACAAAGUCGUACGAUAGCAAUUCAACGUUUUCUCGCUUUAGAAAGGCGUCUUCUACGCCAACCUAAUUUACAUGAACAAUAUUGUUCUGUAAUAAAAGAAUAUCUCCAAUUGUCACAAAUGGAAAUUGUUGAUCCACCACAAGAAAAUACAAACUUUUUCUAUUUACCCCAUCACGCCGUUCUACGACCAGAUCAUGCCACUACGAAGUUGCGUAUUGUUUUUAACGCUUCCGCAAAAAUGCCCAAUAAUAAAUCACUUAACGAUUGUUUAUUUAUUGGUAAUAAGUUACAGAAUGACAUAAGCACAAUAUUAUUGAAAUUCCGGUUACACUCAGUAUGUUUCACUGCAGAUAUAAAGCAGAUGUAUCGCCAAAUUUUGGUAGAUCCUUCAUACACAGAUUAUCAGCGUUUAAUUUUCCGCUUUUACCCUAAUGAAAAAUUAUUAGAUUUACGUAUAAAAACAUUAUGUUUUGGCUUCAAUUGUGCCCCAUAUCUGGCGAUGCGAACCAUUCACCAAUUAGUAGAAGAUGAAGGUAGAAAUAUGCCUUCAGCCUCGGUUGCGUUAAUUGAGGAGACUUACAUAGACGACGUUUGUAGCGGUGGUGAUUCUCUAGAAAACGCUUUAAAACUCAAAGACAAUAUAAAUGAUAUUUUGAAUAAGGGUGGAUUUCACCUUCGCAAGUGGUCUAGUAACAGUGCUGAAUUUUUGUCUAGCAUACCUGCAGAUCAGAUAUCUUCAGGCACGCAUUCACUUGAUUUGCAAGAUAAUUGUUCAAUCAAGAUAUUGGGACUCAUUUGGGAACCAAAGAAUGACUCCUUUCAAUUCAACGUUGAAACAAUUGAUCGCAGUUGUACCAAACGCAAUAUUCUGUCCGAGCUGGAUAGAAUAUUUGACCCUCUAGGGCACCUAUUACUUUUUUGUGCAAAUACCUGA